AACAUAAGCAAAAUACCACAAAACAAAAGCUAAAUAGGUGAAACAAAAAUAAUAAAUGACGUCAUGUGCGUGACGUCAUUAAUGUACCAUGCAGCCGUUAUGAUGGAAUAUGGUGUUGAUAUUUUUCAACCUAUGGGAUCGUUGCGACUAUGCUUAUUAAGAGUUCCCACGAACUUCUUAUGACUUUAUGUAUAUUGGGAUCGAUGGUUCUUUUGAACGAUUUGUCUUGCAAGGCACAAGACGUUCCAUCACUAUCGCAAGCACACGAUGCAAGUGACGACAGGGUGAAUGCAAAGAAUGUACAAGCUCCAAGUAUAGUCCACGUUGACGUCGUGCCCAGUGUAGAUGCUAAUAACGUAGAAAGUGGGGAUGAUUCCGUAGUCAAGAACAGUGCACCUGGUGAUACUAAAUUGUCUCAAACAUCCAGUCUUGUUACUAACGAGGCAUUGUCUGAAGUACAUACAAAAUUAAAGCGUGUGGGAAACAUUGCAAUUCCUUCCAAGUCAUUCAGUGACCUGUAUUAUAAAGCGGUUGGCAGUAUGUUGGAUGAAGUGGCGAAAACGAAAACUUCGAAACAUUCAGAAAAGAGUUCCACGGAACCACCAGAGGUUCAUGUAUCAACUGAAGUCGAGGGGAAUAAAGGGAAAAUAGAAAAACUUCGCUCCAUGGAAAAUAAUGAUCAUGUUCAUAUUGAUAAUUCUGUAAAUAUUAAGGUACUAAAUGGUAAUAGUGGUAAUUCAGAGUUUACUCAUCAACCUAAUCAUGAAGAAGAAGACAAAGGGAAUCAGGGGCUAGGGACAGACACAGAUCAAAUUGCAGGAGACUCUCUUAGCAAUGUCAGAGCUGCCAAAGAAUUGCAUACUCAUGUGUUAAGUGAUAGUUCAAAACAUUCUGAUGAUGAAUACAAUUAUGAAAAAGCAAAUGAUGAUCCGUGGCAAUUUGUGGGUCAUCACAAACCAGUUUCUGAUUUAGUGAACAGUGAUUCGCCCGAUGGCGUCCAGCAUGAUAUUAAUCCUGCUGAGAUAAAGGGUGAAAUGACUGCACUUGAAAAACAAAUGGAAAGGAUCGAACAUCAUUCAAAGCUUAUAGAAUCAAUUAAAAAAGCUGCUAAGACCAGACAAUUGAAAAAAAAAAUAAUUAAGAAGACGCAACAAAUUUUGAACACUAAGGCAAAAGUUGAAGCCAUCCAUUUGAUACACCGAGAGAAAAUCAAACAAUUAGUUGAGGACUUAAAGACGGAGGAAAUACGGUUGGAAAAUAAGCUUUUACAAGCAGCCAGUACAGAUAUGAAAAAUCUGCUUACUGCAAAUGAUGAUCUUUCAUCGAAAAAAAAGGGAACUGAAGAAUUGAAUUGGACAACGAAAACGGUUGAGAAAUCCAAUAAAACAUCUGGUGAAAAACCCAAGGUAGUUGAAAACGUAAAAACGGAUAAAAUAAAGUCGGUAGACAGUAAUUCUACGGCUAAGAGUAAUUCUACGGCUAAGGGCAAUUCUACAACUGUCAAAAACAAUUUGCAUACUUCAGAUAAGGUUAACAAUUCUUCUGCUAAAGGCAAUUCUACAACUGUCAAAAACAAUUUGCAUACUUCAGAUAAGGUUAACAAUUCUUCUGCUAAGGGCAAUUCUACAACUGUCAAAAACAAUUUGCAUACUUCAGAUAAGGUUAACAAUUCUUCAUCAACUAAGACGGAAAUCAAAGUCAAUUCGACAACAAAGAGCAUAUAUGAGAAAUCCAACGACUUAGUAGCCAAAGACAAAAGCAAAGUUGUAGCUGAAAACUCUACGACGGAAAAUAUAAUGUUGAAAACCAGUGUUUCAGAUAUCGAAAGAAAAGAGAGGAUAAAGCAGAUACUUGCUUUGAGAAAGGCAGGUUUCCCGAAAGCCAUCAGUGAUAAAACAAUUAAAACAACCAAAGAAUCCAAAGUGAUUUUCGUGGAUUCAAGGGUAGACGACAAUUUUGAAAAUAAAAACAAUGACAAUCUCAACGAUCUGCUUGCUUCAGACGAACCUUCUUUUCUUCUUUCAAAUGAUGACGACGAAGAUGAUGAUGAUGAUUAUGGCAUGGAAAAGGAUCAAGCCAAAUCUGACAGAAUGACUGAUUUAGUAAAUCAAAUCAAGACGCAGAGUCUGAACGAGGUGACCAAACAUUCGCUUGAACACGCCGAACUGGCGCUGCAAAUGGCCAAUUGUCUGGCCCAGCAGAAACUCUGUGAAUUGGAACCCAUCUGGGAAUCAUGGGGCGCAUGGGAACCCUGCUCCGUCACGUGUGGAAAAGGUGGAUACCAUAUUCAAAAACGCGUCUGCAAAAGAAAGGCAAUAAGAGAUUGCAGUGGAAAUGAUAUUCAAAUCGAAGAAUGUCAUGGCAAUCCGCCUUGCACAGCAUCCUGGUUGCUGUGGGAAGCCUGGACUACGUGUUCAACCAGCUGUAACGUAGGAGUCGAAUACAGAGGUCGCACGUGCAUCACUUCGGACCCUAGAGACGUCUGCCCAGGCCAGAGUUUGGAAAUCAGACACUGUAACCGAGGAGCGUGUCCGCGGAAGAAGCUCGCUGUCGUCGUGGCCUCGGACGCCGUCGCGCUCACCAGACGCAGACAAAGCCAUCGGCACCGUCCUCUGGUAGUGCACCACAGGGUGGUGAGCGGGCCGAGGGCGGUGUCUGGGUACAGGCGGGAGGAGGCGGGCGGCGCCCGGUGGACGAGCUGGCGCACGUGGAGCGAAUGCAGCACCACGUGCGACAUGGGCAUGAGGAUCCGGGACAGGUCGUGCAUGUUCAACGAGCGCCCCCAACCGGAGGACAACUGUCUCGGGUCAGCCAGCGACAGGAAGAACUGCAGCAUGGAGUCGUGCGACAUGAUAUCAGAAGAGACGAGGACUCAGCAGAUCCCGGAAGUGGUUGUGGAGGAAGGUCACGUGGCGGAGAUCAAGUGCGACUACGUGUUCAGCCUGUACCCGACAGACGUCUACUGGAUGACCCCCCACCACCGCCGCAUCACCCACCACACUUCGGGCGACAGGUACAACAUCUACGGCACGAUUCUGCAAAUAGGCGACGCACAGGAUUAUGAUCGCGGUAUUUACAGCUGUGUGCUCGUUAGACCAAACAAGAAGUCGGUCGUAAUCAGGACAAAGCUAGAUGUGAUAACGUGCCGAAUCAGGGAGUGUGCUAACGGAGGGACGUGCGAAGAAAUGGUUGACCCGACUUUCUUCAACCGACGACAGUACCAGUGUAUGUGUCCACCUGACUUCUUUGGCAGUUUCUGUACCGAAGAGGAAGGCUUCAAGCAUUUCUACGUGGCUGUGGUUGUGUGUGUGGUGGUGGCGGCCAUCUUAGGAAUGUUACUCUGUUACUAUCUCCACAGAAGAGCCCUAUUAGCAAGACGGAAAAUGCAAGAUGAAUACAAAAUGUUCGAUUCAUUUGUCCAAAACGCACGAAAAGGUGACCAGAAACCACCAGACGACGAUGACAGCAGCAAAUUCAGCAGAAGAAUGAGUCGAGGAAGCAUCAUACCUGGUCAGUACGAAUCCCUGGUGGACCUACACGACUAUGAGCACCACCACACCGAUGAUGAAUCCCAGACUGAUACAGAAGGCGUGUACAAUGGUCCCAAAAAGGUGCCAAGUCGGUAUUCGACACAGUCCUAUCGUAGUACCAUACAACCUCCGUCGCAACCCAGCACGCUGUCCGAUGUUAGUAGCCAUAAACCCGUGGAUAGACUAAGCAAUUCGUCGCAAGCUUGGACUAUGGGACCGGGUUCCCAAAGCAGCAGGUCCUCCGCGUCAUUGCCAUUGUCCAAGACAGCAUCCCUGCCAGCCAGACCAAUGAGUUUUCCGUCGCAGAGUAGCAUUUCUGGCACUAAAUCGUAUCGCCCAACUGACGUGGAAAGUCUGGGCUCGAUAUCUAAUCACCCAACUGAUAUAGAAAGUCUGGAUACAGAACCAAGCAUCAGGUCUUCAAGAUUUACACAGCCAGUCAUAAAACAGGCGCCAGUCAUAAGACGGGAGCCAGUCGUAAAACAGGCGCCAGUUAUAAGACGGGAGCCAGUCAUAAGACGGGAGCCAAUCAUUAGAAGGUCCGCACCACCUAGUUUAGUGCCAAGUGUCAAGUCCAUGGUCGAAGUUAAUGACCACAGAUACAGUUCAAGCACAUCAGUUAUGGAUGGUCCUAGGAGGAUACCGGAUGAUGAUGAUGAUUCCAUGGUGUCUGUUACUGAACAUCAUUACCCCGCAAGUGCAGCAAGCAGCGUGUCUUCUGUUGGGUUCAGAGAGCCCAGCUUACAUCAAGUUCUGGCGUAUAAUGCAGGUCCUAAUAUAAAAAGCAUAGCACAGCAAUCGGACUAUCCGUAUGGUGACAUAAUAUCCGUAAAGCCAUUAUCUGAGCCCAAUCAACUGUCAGAGAAGCAACCGUCAGAGAAGCAGUUGUCUGAGAUUAUGACCUCUGAUAAAAGUAGUUUAAUCAGAAGGCCACUUAGUAUGAAAUCGGUAGGUCAGAUGGCUAGUUUUUGUUCAAUGGUAAGUCGUCCGACCAGACAGGUGCCUAGUUCAUCGUCCAUAGGUCAGCCCUCUUUAAAAACUGAUAUAGCAGACUCGAAUAGAGAGUUAGUUUCUUUAAUUGAGAAAAUGCCUAGUGUUGAAACCAAAGUUUCAAUUACCUCUGGUGCAUAUUCUAACAUCGAGGAACAUCCCUUUCAAGCAGUGUACAAGGAACGUCGUAUAAGAACUAACACAACGUUAAAACCAAACACUUGCAAACCUGUUACUGUUAUCCAGGUCCACUCACUGACAAAUAUGUCCUGCGAUGUUGAAAGAAGCAAAUCGGUUACAUUCCAUCAGACCCAGCCAGGGACAAAUGUUUGCUAUGCAGCAGAACGUGCUUUUCAAUACAACCAAAACAAUCAUAUGUUGCCUCCACAAGAGCUGUCAGUUUCGAACAACGCUACAGAAGUCGCACCAGACGAUGAUGAAAAUGUUAGUCUGAAAAGUGUAACGGAGUUGGCAUCCAGGCUGAGCGUGGAAAUGGAAGACCCUGAUCGUGCGCUGGAGGAAUGUGUAACGGAGUUGGUAACAAAGUGUAGAAGUUGCAGUUCCACCGAGGACGAUCCCGCCCUGUUCCUCAACAAAAAUCUGAAGAUGGUUUUAAAGAAGCUGCAUUCGGUGAUUUCAGGGGAGGAAUCAUUAGGUAGGAAUACUGCUUCUUCGACCUCUACGCCAGAGCCAGCUGAUCCGAGAGAAGAAUCACAAAGACAUAGCAGACGUAUCCAAAAUAUUGAAAACACUAAUGGCAAAGAGGUAGAUCGAGAUGCUCGUAUUAGUUUGGCAGAUGGCGAGGGUAACUACAAUGACUGGUAUGACGCACGUGUAGCUGAUCAAUCUAACAACCGUGAUGUCACUGACGUGUCAGAAGAUGAUCGCUCUGAUUCUUCUGCUGGGGAUGAUCAGGAGUUUUUGAAUAAUGGUGGCUUGUACAACACUAGAUUCAAUGUGGUCGCGUCCAAAGCAGCUGUCGGAACCGCAUCACAUCAUACCAAGGAUGAGCAUAGAAAUCCAGACUGCUUGCAAGUGCAGCAGCAACACAAGGAACCACUUCUUUGCGGGAGCCAAAGUGUUGGAAGUAUUGACUCGAAUUCAGAGUUUUAUUUCAAAGAGCUGCAGGAACAAGACCCUAUGUUACUUGCAGCCAAGCGGACUAUCAGCACUCCCGUUAAAUGCUUCCAGAAAGUUCUGGACGGAGGUACGGAACAGGACAGUGAGACAUGUAUUUCUAAGAAUGAGGAGCCAUCUUCGCAAGUGGUCAGGUGUGGAGCAUACAACACAGUCGGACAGUUGGCAGGAUUUGAAUGGGCAGGUGCUAAAGAUGACUUUAGCCGCCAGAAUGCUUCCUUCCGUUGUAUACAGAUGGCGGAGGACAGUUCUCCCUUCCAACAAACCUUAAAGGAAAAUUCUUCCGUAAAGCCCAAGGUUACUAGUCCCAUUUAUAGAAAACGUUAUUUUGUUGUAAGUGAUACCGACAGCAUAGUCGCUUCUCGACCAGAAGAACUUCGUACGAAUAUUGAGAGAAAGAAUUUUGUAGAUCUAAAGUGUUUACGUUACAGACAGACGGUAGAUGAACAGUCAAUUGCCGACCAUGGGCAGUAUACAAGCAAACUAGGUCCGAACUCUAACACACGGCGGCAUCACAGUGACAAGUCCAUAGAAGCUGGUUUGGAGAAUAAGAAACAGUCCCGGUUGCUAGAAUCCCCCACCACCGGCCGCCUGUAUGACUCGCAGUCGAUAAGUAGUGGGCAACUUGCAGACGAGAGUGGCUUUCUUUCCCAAGAUCACCACAGUCUCGAUCUGUCCCAUAACUGUUCUUUUUACUUGCCUAACGCAAGUAAUAAUGCCGAUACCCAACAAAAUAACGACCACAGAAAUGCUGUGUCAAAUGAAGUGCCGAGGCCUCAACAACGAGAUGAACGCGAAAAGGGGGACCAAGACUCCACAGAUCUGGAAUCGGAGGAUCAAGAUUCCAGUUGUUCUGACCAAGAAAGCGAGUCUUCCAGUGAUGUUAAUGACUGCGUGUCUACUUCAGACAAUAAUCUAUCAUGGGACGAUUCUUGUUUCGCUGAUUUAAAGAAGCCAAAACUUGAAUUUUCAUUCAGGUAGCAAUAAGAUUCGAAUUUCCAUGGAGGUUACGCCAAGACUGGGACUGGAACGUGGAAUUUUCACCAACUGUGUGAAAGUCACGUCAGAACUCGAAGAUCCAUACAGGUUAACCUAACACUGGAAUUUCCACGAGGGUUAAGCCAUGAUCCCAACUAGUUAUUUUCCAGAAUGCAUUAAAACAAACGAACCAUAGUUGAAAGCAAGGUGACCUCUAGUCACUGUCACCUCCAGAGCUUUGUUCAGAAUAAUAUGGUAGUAAACAAACAGACAGACAGACAGACAGACAGACAGGCGACUUUCCUUCAAGUUCCAAUAGAUUCAAAAAUAAAUGAAAGGAAACGAAAUAACUAUUUUUAAAAUUAUAGGAAUGAAUAGUCUGUCAGUCAUUGUUAGUCAUUGAGAUAACCUCACGAAAAACCACGUUUUUGUUGAACGGCAAAAGCCACUUGGUAGUAGCGGUGGGUUCUUUCUGUCAUUUUCUUAAUUACUGUAGUAAUGACAAUGACGCCACCCACUGAUUAAAUGCCUGUUUUGAUGACGUUAACCAAACAGUCCUUUCUAGUACAUGUACAAUUAUAUAACAUUGACAUGAAUUAUUAAAGAAGCAGUUGUAAAUAUAUUCUUUCGAAAUGAAUCUGACAUUUGUUAUAUAGAAAUAUAAAGGUAAUAUUGCUUGAGUCAUUUUGUAUAAUGAGUAUGCGAAUAAAAGCACAGUUCCAAAAACGAAUUUGGUAAAUGAAUGCGUUUUCGAUAUGAGUUUUAUCAGUACUGAAGAUUUCAUCUGUUACAUCUGUUUUCAGAUGUUAACUAAUUUUACCACUUUACCAUUUAUACAGCUUAGUUAUUAUAUCAAUUCAUAAAGUUCCAGAUUAUUACUAUUAUUUAUUUACUUAUUUUGUAUUUAUUUUUAAAUGUUGAGCUAAAACAUUUUGUUUACUUACAAUUACGUUUUUUGAUGAAAAUAUAUUUUAAGACAGAGCAUUCGGCAUAUAAUGUACAACAACUUUCUUUCUAGAUUUAGAAGAAUAAGAUAAACGGUUUUGAAAAUGAAUCCAAUGGUAAAGAAUUUGUAGUAAUAUUGGGGGAAUAUUUGGAAUAUUAAAUAUUUUAUAGACUAACAUGGUUUUGAGAAUGUUUAUUUGUUAAUUUGCUAUCUUUUCAACUGCCAUUUUUGUUACUGUGGCAACCCUAUAAUGUAAUUAUUAUUAUAAAUUAAUCAUUUUAUACCGAGUGUAUUGUACAUAAUGUAUAAAGCAACGGUUUGUUCCUAUUUUAACACCUGUUAUUCAGUUCAUAACAGUGUUGUUUUGAUGUACCAUUAUUUCUGGUCAUUUAUGUGUAAUUCUACAUUGUAUCAUGCACUGGAAAUAAAAAUGAUGUCUUGGUCUUACUAAAGGUCAAAACA